AUGUUUACAUCUAAGCCAUUGCGCAUUGACUUCGGUCAGGAAGCAGCGCUCCUCGCAAAGCGGUACGUGAACGUAGCACGAGGCAUCACGACCUACCAGACUCAUCUCGACUUCACGAGGACCUGUCGGGAGAUGAACAUAAGACCAUGCAGCCUUCAUCUUAAACGCACGGUGCACAUGGCAGGGGGCAACAAGAUCAUCGCACACGCUGAACGGCGCCUGCUAAACGCCCGAAUCCAUGAAUGCCACAGCGUGAUCGAGAAGAAGGAAUUAGACCUGUUCUUUCUCCGAGGGAACCUUCAACAUCGACUGCCCAACAUCUUUCCGUCUCUGGAGGAAUUCGCGCGAAAUGUGGCUGCUACAACAGCUCGGAAACAACAAGCGGCCCACAAAAGCAAGCUUGCGACACUUCAAGGGGGAAAACGCCACCGCGGACCUGUCAACGAAAAUUCCUUUGUCAACCUGUCCUCCAGACAACUCUUCCCGACCGAGCACAGCGUGCUGGCAAAAGGAUACAACUUCAACACGACCACGACAUGUCCGUCACUACCAAAGAUUAUUGCGGUUACAGAAGGCAUAAGGCGACUCGACAGUGGCAUUCAAGAGAACGUCCGCCUCAAUGCCAUAGGAAAUCGUCAUGAGCCCAUCCUAUCGAGGGAGGGGAGAUUUUACGGGCUUCGCAAGAUCCACAAGCCCAUCGUCCCGCUCCGUCCUAUCGUGGAUUUUACAUCAUCUCCACUCUGGGCGCUCUCCAAGUACCUUCACCGGACUCUGGCGCCGCUCGCGGGCAAAACCCCAACCCACAUAAGCAACGCCAGCCACUUCGUGGAGCGCAUGAAAGAUGUGACAGUGAGCAGCGAUGAGUGCAUCGUCUCGUUCGACGUCGUGUCCCUGUUCACCAGUGGGCCCAUAGCACUAGAGGUGUCUUGCGCACGAGCAGCUUUGAAUGAAGACGAACUCUUGGGCGAAAGAACCUGCCUAAGCACCGACGAACUGUGUCGCCUACUGGAGUACUGCCUCAAGGGAACAUACUUCAGUGUCAACGAGAACUUCUAG